AGGCACGUUCUGUCCUUUUGUAUCUGAGUCAUCUCCACGUGCAAUGUGAGAUGCAAAUGUACCACGUGGAUUUCUAUAUUGAUCUUAAUAUUCAACAUUAUUAUACGAAAUUGUAAAUAUUUGUAUUAUAAUUCUUAAUGUAAAUAUAUAAACAUAAAAAAUGAAUGUAAUACCGUGUACAGUUUGGGUAAAAAAAGGUGUUGCGUCUACAACCCCUCAAAAGGUUCAAUUGACACCACAAGAGUUGGAACUGAUCAUAAAACAAACACAAUUUGAAUUACAAGAUGCUGAAAAUGAUUCAGAUGGAGAACAGGAUAACACUAAAGAAAAGAAAAUUGAAAUAGAAUCCGAGCUUGAUGUAACUGAUGAAUAUAACUUUGACAAAUAUGAUGAAGAAUCCAGUAACAUACAUUGCAGUAUUAAAAAUAUUGCAUCUUUUGGAGAAGAUGGUAAAGAUCCCUUAGUGACAGGGGAAGAUGAUGAUUCUGAAAAAGAAGAUGAUGCUAUUAAAAGUGAUGACAAUCUUGUAUUAGUAGGACGUGUUGAUGGAGAUGCUAGCAUUUUAGAAAUAUUUGUUUAUAACGAAGCUGAAGGUUCGUUUUAUUGUCAUCAUGACAUAUUGUUGCCAUCAUUCCCAUUGUGUAUAGAAUGGCUUAAUUAUGAUCCUGCAGAUUCAAAACUAAGUAAUUUAUGUGCAAUUGGAAAUAUGACUUCUGUAAUAGAUGUAUGGGAUUUGGAUUUAAUAGAUUGCUUAGAACCAGCUUAUAAACUUGGUAGAAAACCAAGUAAAAAGAAAAAUCAAAAACGUAUUGGACACAAGGAUGCUGUAUUAGAUUUGGCAUGGAAUGAAAAUUAUGUACAUGUUCUUGCUAGUGGGUCAGCUGAUGAAACAGUUCUACUAUGGGAUUUAGAGAAUGGAACACCUGUCAAUAAGUUUGCUUCUUUUAAUGAAAAAGUUCAGUCAAUACAGUGGCAUCCAACAGAAACACAUCAGCUAUUGACAGGUUGUGCAGAUAAGGUAGUGAGAUCAUUUGACUGCAGAUAUCAAACAAUUGUGAAGUGUUGGGAAGUAUCAGGAGAAGUAGAAAGAGUGUUGUGGAAUCAUUUUGAUUCAAAUUACUGUAUAGUAAGUACUGCUAAUGGAUACUUACACUAUGCUGAUAUUAGAGAAGAUAAACCGAUUUGGAGUAUAGAAGCUCACACAAGCGAAGUUACAGGUUUAUCUCUUAGCUCAUCAUGUCCUGGUCUUCUUGUUACGUCGGCAAAUGACGGUAUUAUAAAAGUAUGGGAUAUUAUUAAUACUGCGGAACCACAGUUAAUUUUAGAAAAGAAAAGUAAUCUUGGUGCCUUACUAUGUCUUGCACCAAAUCCAGAUAACCCGUUUGUAUUUGCUGCUGGCGGAGACAGUAAAUCAUGCAACUAUAAAGUAUUUAAUUUCUUGGAUAUACCAGAAGUACGCGAAAGAUUUCAAUCUAGAAUAGAUACUGCACAAAGAGCGAAUAAUCACAAUACCAGUCCACAAGAUGAUACAGAAGAAAUGGUGGACGUAACUGAAAAUAUGGAUUCAAUGAUGCUUAACGCGCGUGGACCAAAAACAUUACCUAAACACAAGAAGGGCAGUACAUAAAACAGUAAAAUCUCAAUGAUGAAUUUUGUAAAGACUGCAAAUUAAAGGUACAGUACCCGUAUUUUGAUACUUGUAUAUUGUUAUGGUAUAAAUAAAACAUUAAAAAGGAAUAUACUUGGAUGAUUAAA